CAGACAGCGGAGACGUUCAACUGCUUCGUGUGCAAGAACACCACGCGAAGUUUAACAGGAACGAGGAAAUGAUGGAGGAGCGGCUUGCCUCCCACAAGAGAGCUCCGAGGAAGCCGAAGCCGCCGCCGAGGCGGACCAAGCCGACCGUCCCCGCCGCACCUACCAGCAGCCCGUCGUUGACCGGCCCGCCACGCCCGCCAGGCGUUCCACCGCCACCUGGGCCUCCUCCGCGGCUGCCUGGAGGCCCUGUCCCGCCGGCGCCGUCUAUGAAAGUGCCCGGAAAGGGCCGUGCGCCUGUGGCUGUGGGCGGCGGUGGCGAAAGAAUGCGCCGCGCGCCCGAGAUCGUGGAGUUCUACCAGUCCCUGACCAGGCGCGGCGAGGCCAGGCAGGCUGGCUCCCGAGGCCCCAAGGCGUCCGGCGGGUCAACGGCUCCCAAGAGCGACCUGAUCGGAGAGAUCACCAAGAACUCCCCCCAUCUCCUUGCCGUUCAAGCCGAUGUGGAGACCCAAGGGGACUUCGUGCGGACCUUGGUCGCCGAGGUCCGGGAUGCGACCUUCGCGAGCAUCGAGGACGUCGUCGCGUUUGUGACAUGGCUCGACGAAGAGCUCUCCUUCUUGGUGGAUGAACAAGCAGUCCUGAAGCACUUCGACUGGCCGGAGAAAAGAGCGGACGCAUUGCGAGACGCCGCUGCCAGGUACCAGGGCCUUCUGCAGUUGGAGAAGCAGAUUUCGUCCUUCGUCGAUGACCGCGCGCUCCACCGCGACGCAGCGCUCGGCAAGAUGUACUCCCUCUUUGAGAAAACAGAGAAGAGCGUCCACAAGUUCCUGCAAGAUAGGGAUGCCGCCGAUACGAAGAACAAUCUCAUCUCACGGUACAAGGAGCAAGACAUCCCAGUUGGCUGGAUGGCAGACGCAGGUUUAAUUGUGAAGGUCAAGUUGGCGUGCGUCAACCUCGCAAAGCAGUACAUGACGCGGGUGGUCUCGGAGAUUGAUGGUUUAAGAGGCAUCAACAAAGAUCACACCAGGGAAACAGCAUUCUUCAAACGUCUGAAAGAGCAGAACAGUGAAGUGCUGCUCCAUCAGGGUGUCAGGUUCGCGUUCCGGGUUCAUCAGUUUACAGGCGGGUUCACUGCUCAGAGCUUGGGUGCUUUUGAUGAGCUAAAACGACGGCAUAAUGAUGGAACAACUUAACAGCGUGUACAGUGUCAAAGUUUUUCGCUUCCAACAUCUCUAAGGGCUCUUCGAUUCAAAGGAUUGUCAAAAGCAUUUUAGGAUUCUAACCUUGGGAAUUUUUCCUACGUGCGUUGUUUGAUUCGAAAGAUUACAAUCCAUAUGAUUUUUGUCCCUUAGGAUUCAUUUAUACUAUUCCACACGAAAAUUUCACCCCAAUCUUUGUGAAUAAUCCUGAAUUCUUGUCGUAAUCAGGAUGUCAUGACAUUCUAUUUGUGUUUUUUUUCUUGUUUCUGUGUUUUAAAAUCUCUGCGAAUCAAAGGGGCCUUAAAGCUGUGGACCAGAACAACCACAUGUAAAUUAUCAGAAAUUUCAGUUCCGAAAUUUCAGUAGGAUGGAUACGGAUAAACUCA